CCAGGCCUCAUGUAGUGAUGCGACUCUCCCGUCAUUUAUGUCAUUCUUUGUCUUUAAACUUUGUGCUUCUUUCUUUCCACUGAAAGAUGUUCAGGAGCAGUUCCCUCUGCCCUCUGACAUUUGUUGCCUUCUCUUUCGCUGUCCUUUUCCAGUCUCAGUUGAUAACUAGAAGCCUCAACCCCUGCUUGGAGGUGACCCCAGGUACCACUUACAAAUGCAUGGAACUGAACCUCAGUGGAAUUCCACCUGACAUUCCAACUUCCACCCAGAGCCUGGAUUUAAGCUUCAACCCACUGGAAAUCCUAACCUCAAAUUAUUUCUCAUCAGUCUCAGCAUUGAAGUUUCUGGACCUCACUAGGUGCCAUAUCCAGAAGAUUGAAGACAACGCUUUUGUGGGUCUCUGGAAACUUUCUGUCUUGAUCCUGACUGCCAAUCCUCUCCAUUUCUUGGGUCCAAGAGCUUUUCAUGAUUUGGUAUCCUUGCAAAGACUGAUAGCUGUAGAAACCAAACUUUCCUCACUGAACAAACUGCCCAUUGGACACUUGACAUCUCUCCAAGAUCUGAAUCUGAGCAAUAACUACAUUGAUUCCUUGAAGCUUCCGAAAUAUUUCUCCCACCUAAUAUUUCUCAGAUUUUUGAGCCUCCAAGCAAACAAGAUCUCUUCCAUUUCAGUAGGAGAUCUGGACGCCUUGUCAAGCUACAACCUCACACUUCUGCUGUCUAAGAAUGACAUAAAAUACAUUGAGGUAAAUGCCUUUUUAGGCCUUCACAUUCAGGAAAUAUCUCUGAGAGGCUGUUUUGAGAGUAGUACUGUUAUGCAGGCCAGCCUCCAGAAUCUGACUGGCUUACAUGUUAAAAGUUUAGUGUUAGGAGAAUAUAGGAACAUGAAGAAAUUGAAGACCUUCAGCAAAAGUAUCUUGGAUGCCCUGUGUCAUAUGUACUUGCAGGAGAUAACUCUCAUCUCCAUUGGGGAUGUUAUCUUCAAUACAGGCGACCUCUUUCCUUGCUUGAACAACAUCUCCUCUGUAAGGCUGGUGGACACGUACACUGAAGAUGUGUCAAAUUUCCCAGAGAACUCCAGCAUACGCUAUCUUGAAUUCAAGAACUGUAAAUUUAAAGAGGUGCCUUCUGUGAGGCUAUCUUCCUUGAAGGAGCUAAGAUCGCUCCGUAUCACCCGCACCAAAAGGCUUGUUGAAUUUGAGGCGGACUUUCAGGGGCUACAGAAGCUUGAGACCCUGGAUCUCAGUGAGAACAGACUUACCGCUGACCUUUGCUGGAUCUGCCUCAGGAAUGGGGUCCCAAAUUUGAAGUAUAUGAAUCUUAGCUUCAACUAUAGAAUCAGUUUAGUUACUGAGUGCCAUGCCCUCCCCAAACUGGAAAAACUGGAUUUACAACACACCACACUCAGCGGAACUGGUGAAUACCCUGUUUUUCUAUGCCUUGUAAAUCUCAUCUACCUCGAUAUUUCCUACACUGGCACUAAUAUUAAAUCAGAGUGUUCAUUCUGUGGGUUGAAUAGCCUGCUAGUACUGAAAAUGGCUGGCAACACCUUUGAGAACAAUAAGUUGGUUAACAUCUUAAAAAAUCUCACCAAUCUGCAAAUCCUGGACAUUUCCAAUUGUCGACUGCAAUCUCUCUCUCUCGACAGCCUGGGCAGCCUCCGUGAGCUCCGUGAACUGAACAUCAGCCACAACAAGCUCCUGGGCCUCCAUUCAGAGGCCUAUGCACAGCUCCAAGCCCUCACUAUCCUGGAUUUCCAUAGCAACCAGCUGGCCAUCUUUACGGAGAAGGAUCUAGAGAACUUCCCCAGAAGCCUGAAGAGCCUGUACCUCUCUCGGAACCCUUUUGAUUGCUCUUGUGAGAACCUGAACUUCUUGCAGUGGGCCAAACAGAAGAGAAACCCCCUCCAGCAUCCUGAAAGCAUGUUCUGCCACAGCCCCAUGCACUUAAGAGAUGUCCGCCUGAUGGAUUUUGACCUAUCCUCUUGCCAUGUCAGUACAACCACCGUGGCCACCUCUGUGAGCAUUUCCAUGGUUCUAGUCUUGUCUUUGAUUCUGGUUUACAAGUACUAUUUUCAUCUAUAUUAUAUGGCAGUGUUGCUCAGUGGACGACGACGCUCUACAGAGAAUGACAAUGUCUAUGAUGCCUUUGUCAUCUAUUCCAGCAAAGACCAGGAGUGGGUGAAACGGGAGCUGGAGGAGACCCUAGAAGCGGGAGUGCCUCGCUUUCGCCUCUGCUUCUUCUAUCGCGACUUCAUCCCUGGUGUGCCCAUCAUCACCAACAUUGUCCAAGAAGGCUUCCAAAGCAGCCGGAAAGUCAUUGCUGUUGUUUCCAGCCACUUCCUGGACAGCCGCUGGUGUAACUUUGAGCUUGAGGUGGCUCAGUCUUGGCAGUUGCUGGACAGCAACGCCAGCAUGAUCUUGAUUGUCCUGGAAGGGGUGGACAAAGCGGUUGUACAGCGGAAGUUGGGGGUGUUCCGUUACUUGCGCAGGAACACCUACUUGGUGUGGAAGGACUUGGAGUUGAACCGGCACAUGUUCCUGAGGCAUCUGAGGUCAGCUUUGCUUGAUGGCAAAACAUGGACCGAGGAAGAACUCAGACUGAUGUUAACAGGUUAGGGCUACAUCUCCGUUUUUCUAGCUCUCUGAGCCAGCCUUCAAGUGGAAGGCAGUGUUGAGAAUGGAUGCUGUUUAGGAUGGCUUUUCUGAACCCUGGGAGAAUUUCCAUUUGGGAAGCAAUGUCAUGCACUACAACUGUCCUUAUUUACUGGGGACAGUCUCUGUUUCUUGACCCCUUUUCCUAGUGAUUUUGUGUUUUUGUCCUCCCCCUUUUGCCUUUUGGGGAUGCUUUUCAAAAUUUGCAGUGGAGGCUUGCCCAUUAGGGCCAGUAGGGCACUGUCCCACUAAUAUCAGUCUGCCCUCAGCUAGCCCCUGCCUAUCUGCCUUUGUACUUAAAACCAGCCCAGGUGGUGGCCCUGGCUGUCAGCUUCCUCCUCCUCAGUCUCAGUGUUGCCCUUGUGGAACACAAGAGGGAGGAUGGGGACAAAGCUAGAAUUAGUCAGUUCCACUUGCCAUUGGCUCUGGCGCCACCUACUGUUGGGCUUCCUGCCUUCUGCCCUGCCAAUCCCAAUGGGCACCAGUCACCUCUGCCUGGAAGUUGAGGAGUGGCAAUUAUAGACACUGCGCCUGGGUGCAAUAGCCUAAAAUGGCCCUGCCAUGGACACUCAACCAUCUCAUCUCAGAUGGUGAAGGAGCAGGGAGGAGUAUGGGGAUGAAGUAAGAAUUGGCUGUGGCUUCACCUACUGUUCAUCUCAUUGCCAUUUCCAAUGGGCGCCACCCACCACUGUUGCUUAUUCUGCAUGGCUCAGUACCCUCCCCAGGAUCUCUAGGAUGUGGGAGGGGGAUGGCUGUCUGUCUCUAGUGCAGAUAUAAAAACAGGAAAAUGAAAAGCAAGGUGUCGGAGAGUGGGAAACAGCUAUUUUGCAUGCCACCGCUGCUAAGGUAUAUUUCUGAACUGUUGAUACCAUGCUAUGGCUCCCCUCCCCCAAUAAUCUUUGUUCCAAAGAACAGACGCACUCUUGGCUUUGAAAUCCAUGAAAUACAGCCCAUUGCAGAGUACAUCAAUAAAGGAGGCAGAACAAAGCCUUCAGCAAUAUUUGUAAAGAUGUUUUGGGGUGUGGGGAGGAUACCUUGGUAUGGCAAUAAGAAUGCUACCAAGUUUGACUGGAAAGAUGCUGGAGGGUAGGGAGGACAGGGCAAUGUUCUGGCUGGGAGACUUAAUAAAAUAUUAAAGCCUUUUUCUUCAGGAAGUUUCUGUGUGUACCUCGUAUGGAACAGAAAAUCUGUAAGGCAAGGAUGGGGAAUCUGGCUGGGACCAUCAGCCCCAGCCAGCAUGGUCAGGGAUGCUGGGAGUUGUAGUCCAAGAAAACAUGGAGAGUCAAAGGUUCCCCAUCCCUGCCAUAAGGAAAUCAUUAAUUCUGAUUCACACAGCACACAGUUAAACUAGGGAAUUCGCUCCCACAAGAGGCAGUGAUGGCCACCAACUCAGAUGGCUUUGAAAGAGGAUUAGACACAUUCAUGGAGGGUAGGGCUAUCAAUGGCUAUGAACCCUGAUGGCUCGGUUCUGCCUCAACUGUUGGAGGCAGGAUGCCUCUGAAUACCGCUACUGGGAGUCACAAACAGGGAGAAUGCUGUUGCGCUCAGGUUCUGCUUGUGGGCUUGCCAGUGAGGCAUCUCAUUGGCCACUGUGAGAACAGGAUACUGGACUAGAUGGGCCACUGGCCUGAUCCAUCAGGGCUCUUCCAAUGACAUUGACCUUCCAGCUUAUAUUGCAUCAAACAAACAUGAGUUGAUUUCUGUAACAUUAACAGAAAUAUAUGAGAUACAAACAGAGAGUAAGCCAGGCUCCUUUAUUUAUACAAGGUCUCAAUUUGUUUAUGCCUAGAAAAAAGAAAGAGGGAAGAUGGGGGGAGAUAUUUUGUUCAGGAGAUCAACCCAUAGGCUUGGAGCUUGAAUAUCCUAUUUGGCUUCUCUUGUCUUUUGAUAAUAUAAACACUUUUUAUUUGAAGAUUGGUUGAUUAGACACCCAACUGACUCAGGUAAAUAUUUUUCUUUCUUUCUUUAAUCUGUUUCCUGUUUGUGUAUUUUUAUAGUUUGUAUAGUAUUUUUCAAAAUAAAGUAAACAUAAGUAAAGGAAGAAAUCAAAAGUUCGCAAGCAGUUGUUAAUUGUCUCGGGAGGCUCAGUUAGGAAUUUAUAAUCCGUGAUUAACUGUCAUAACCUUGAAACCUUUCAGCCGGUCCCAAAAAAAAGAGGGAAGUUGAAACAAUAAAAAUGUUUUCAAUUGACAGAAGACUACUUCUCCUUAUACACCAUCUUCACCAGGAGACCUCUAUGUGAAUACGUUGCGGAUUAAAUGGUGGCCUGACUGACUUGAUUCCCACUACUAAAGGAGUCAGACAGGGCUGCGUACUGGCGCCCCUACUUUUUAAUUUCUAUUUAAACGACUUAGGGCCCAGGUGCACCUCCUCUAAUCUUCAUUCGCCCAAAUUAGGUGAUUACAGAUGCCCCAUCCUGCUAUACGCAGAUGAUGCAGCCCUUAUAGCAUUUUCCAAGAUAGACCUGAAACGUAUUCUCCGUGUCUUUAUGAACUACUGUUCUGAUAACCAGCUUACUAUAAACUAUUCCAAGACCAAAAUAUUAGUCUUCUCAAACUCUCAGUCUGUCGCGGAGUGGACAAUAAAUGGCCAAAAAAUCGAACAGGUUAAAAGUCACAAAUACUUAGGUAUAAUUUUUCAUCAAUCCCUCUCAUGGACCA